UUCUUCCCACCUAGCCUUUUCUUUUCUUUUCUCUGUGUUCGUGUCAUUUGACCACACACGCACAUUAAGGAAAGCGCGAAAGGGAUUCAGGGUCGGGGUUAAGGCUUCGUCUACGCGAAUCUCCUCUCUCUUCUUUCCAAUUUCUCUCUCGCAAAUCCACGAUCAAUCCUAGCUAGGGUUUACGCUGGUCGAGUUCUUCGGAUUCGAUCGGUUCCCAAGCGCUAGGGUUCCCUUGUGAUAUGCCUCUCCUCCCUUCGCGGCGGCGGAGAUGAGGCAGUUGGAGCAGCUCACCGGGAUCCCGCUCUCGAUGUCGCCGGACGCAACAGUUCCGGCCUUCGGAGGCGGCGGAGAAGGCGGCGGCUCCGCCCUCUCGUGGUGGUUCGUCGAGUGCCAUGGGAUCUGGCACAACCUCGCCCUGAUCCUGCUCUCGGCGCUCUUCGUCGCCUACCUCUCUUCCCAGGCGCGGAAGAGCUACGCCAAGCUCACCUAUGGCCGAUCAUACAUCAUGAUCGCGUACUACGCCCUACUCUGGGCCGUUAGCCUUCUCAAUCUCCUAUGGUGCGUCCUCCAGGCGUGGCAAUGUACACCUAGCAAGGAGUUCUCUUGGAAUAUGCUGUCGUUGUUUUCAAAAUCGGGGAUGUUGUUUCUGGAAAUUAGCAUCAUGGCCUUUCUACUUCAAGGAAAUCAUGCUGGUGGUUUGGAAGCUUUAACGCGAACAUUUGUUGUCUCUGGAGUUAUAGUUGCAGCAGAUAUAUUACUCAAGGCUAUAUAUGUAUUUGGCUUUGGUGUUCCAUUGUUCCUCGAUGCCAAUGAAUCAGCAAAUCGUGUGAAAUGGGGUUUGUGGAUUGUCCAUAAGCUGUUGCUCACUGCAGUCUAUGGCUUCAUUUUGUUCAUGCACCACUCCAAAUGGAGAGAGAGACUACCAGCAAAACCAGCAUUCUACAAGUACAUCUGCGUGAUGUUCGUAUUAAAUGCCGUAUCGCUAUUCGCCUGCAUUCUUGUUGGAAAUGGAGCUGGGUUUGGCUCCUGGUUGUAUAAUCUCACAACAGUAUGCUACCACGCACUUUAUCUUCCAUUCUUGUAUGUGACAUUCCUAGCUGACUUUUUCCAGGAGGAGGAUUUUCGGUUGGAGAAUGUAUAUUACUCUGAGAUGAAAGAUGCUGGUUUUUUUGAUGCUGAUUGGGACUACUAAUGCAAUACUAUGACUGUAUGGUCGCUCUAAUGUAAAUGUGCAUACCAUGGUUUUUUUUUUUUUCCCCUUCUUUUUUCCUUUUUUGGUGUGUGUAUGUUACACUGGAUCAUGUUUUAGUGCAAUUUUAUGAUAUCAAUGACCUUAUUAAUCUCU